GUGGGUUACCAAAUAAAUAUUGACGAAUCAAGCAGCCGAAUUUUGCUGUUUGCUCCUAAGCAGUGAAAUGCUGAACACAUAAAAUCAUCUCUGUUGAUUGAUUGUGCUUGUAAACAUGUGUGUGAGGAGACGGGAGCUUCAGCUUGGGAGGAUUGGUGUCAUGUCAUGGUGAAUAGUGCGAGUUUCUCGUAAAUUUGUGACUGGAAAGUGAAAGGAAAUCUCAUUGAGAUACAUCACGGUUGAGAUUGUGACAAGACAAGAAAACCGACAAGAUGGCUUCAUCUGGUUUUAGUGGAUUUCUUCGGCUCACAGAUCUAGAUGACUUCAUCGCACCUUCUCAGGAGUGUAUAAAACCAGUAAAAGUAGAGAAGACUGGAGGGAAACUUGGAAAAAUAAAAAUAGAAGAGGAUGGGUCAUACCAUCAGGUGUCAGCUGGCGGUGAGUCACGGCGACUGGAGAAGGCCACCAUCUCCCUGAGCGACUGUCUGGCCUGCAGUGGCUGCGUCACCUCAGCAGAGACAGUGCUGAUCGAGCAGCAGAGCGAGCAGCAGCUGCUGCGCGUGUUGCGUGAGAACGCCGCGCUGCCCGAGCCGGAGCGGCGCACAGUGGUCGCCUCGCUGGCGCCGGCCGCCGUGGCCUCUCUGGCGGCGGCUCACGGUCUCGAGGCAGCCGCCGCCGCCCGCCACCUCUCCGGCUACCUCCGGCAGCUCGGGGUGCAGUUCGUCUUUGACGUGGGCCUGGCGCGGGCGCUGAGUCUCGCAGAGGCAGAGGACGAGCUGGUGGAGCGUCUGACACGGCGCGGCGAGCCCGACGCCGCUCCGCUGCCGCUGCUCGCCUCCGCCUGUCCGGGAUUCAUCUGUUAUGCGGAGAAGACGCACGGGAAGCUGUUGCUGCCGCACAUCAGCCGCGUGCGCUCGCCCCAGCAGGUGGCCGGCUCCCUGCUGAAGCGCCGCUGGGCGCAGCAGCGUGGCACCGCUCCCGACCGCAUCUAUCACGUGGCGCUGAUGCCGUGCUUCGACAAAAAGCUGGAGGCGGCGCGCGACGACUUCCGCGCGGCGGAUGGUCAGGACGUGGACUGCGUCAUCACGCCGAUCGAGCUGGAGCGGCUGCUGGAGGCCGAGGGCGCCCAGUUGGCGGACGCGGCCGCCGUCCCACUGGACCGGCUGCUGGAGGCGCCCGAGCUGCUGGUGCACGCCGGCUCCGGCAGCGGCGGGUACGCCGAGCACGUGUUGCGCGCCGCCGGCCGGCGGCUGUUCGGCGCCGACCCUGGCCCGGUGCAGUUCACGCCCGGCCGUAACCCCGAUCUACUGGAGGCCGAGCUGGCCGCCGACGGCGAGGUGAAGCUCCGAGUGGCCAUCGCUAACGGGUUCCGCAACAUCCAGAACCUGGUGCAGAAGCUGAAGCGGCGCCGCUGUCCGUACGACUAUGUGGAGGUGAUGGCGUGCCCGUCGGGCUGUGUGAACGGCGGCGCGCAGAGCCGGCCGCCGGCCGAACUCGACGCCCGCGCCCACCUAGCCGAGGUGCGCCGCCUGUACGCCGCCCUGCCGGGCGAUGAGAACGACGCCAGCGACGCCGUGCGGCGAGCCAGGGAAACUGUGAGUAAGGAGCUACUCCAUACCGAGUACCACGUGAUAGAGAGUGACACGGGAGCGCUCAACAUCAAGUGGUAGGUCUGUAGUGUUGCGUUUGUAUGUCAUUUGUACGCCUAGUAUUUCUAAAAAUGAAGUGAUAAACGGUGAUUGUCUUCUUAUGUAAUGUUGAUGUGAAUCAUAAGUAAGUCGGGUUUAUUAGAUAAUAUAUCGUACAUAUAUCACAACGCUCAAA